GUAAGAACCGUCGGUCUUUUCGUCAGAGAAACUCGGGAAGGAUGGGGGCGAAAGCGUCUACAGUGGAAGCCGACGUGGAAGAGAAGGAACCUUUUACGGAUGACCCGGAAAUAGCAGAAUCAGAUGGAUUCGCAAGGUCCAGGUCUUGUCGAGUGAGCAUGCUGAGCGAAAGUCUACGGGUCCAGAGCGAUCUGUCUCACUCCAUUCAUCAGCUCGCAGAAAUGGGAAACACAGAAGUCAUUCAACUAAAAGUGAAAAACCAAGAAAAUGUAGACUUGCUGAAUUCAGACCAAUUGGCACCCCUGCACUAUGCCACGCGCUACAACCAGGUUUCUACGGUUCAACUCCUGCUUGAAAAUGGGGCAGAUGUGAAUGUUAAAGGAUUGGAUGAUCUGACGCCGUUGCAUUUCGCUGCCAGAAUGAAGCCACGCCAGACCAAAGCCAAGCCAGAAUCACCUGCACUUCAAGACAACCAAGUCGGAGGCGAAACUCAUGCCGCCACCUCCCCAUCCGCCACGCCCACCACGCCCUCAGAGCUCCCCGAGGAGUCCAUGGUGCGUCUCCUGGCGAAGCACGGCGCCCUUCUGGAUACGCAGGACAAGUACGGACAGACGCCCCUGCAUUUCGCCGCCAUGACGGGGAACUUGGCCGCGGCGAAGGACCUUAUCAAGUGCGGAGCCGUGGUGGAGAUCGAGGAUAACCAGCAAAUGACGCCCAUCAUCGUCGCCGCCACGUACGGAUACGCAGACAUUGUUCGUUUACUUCUCGUCCAAGCCAAAGCCAACAUCAGACACGCGGACUCAUCCAAACAAAACGCUUUGCACAGAGCAGCGAAAGGAGGACAUUUGGAAAUCGUGAAGAUGAUGAUCCAGACUGCCAAGACAAUGAAGAAUUUUCAGAGUUUCUUAGACGCUCGAGACGCCAAGAAGAAGACGUCCUUGUAUCAUGCAGCGAGCAAUGGUCAUGCAGAGGUCGUGGCCCUACUGCUCGCCGAAGGAGUUGACGUGGACGCAGACAACGUGACUCUGGCCACGCCCCUUCACGCCGCCGCCAGCGUUGGUAAUGUGUUGGUGAUCUCGAUGCUGCUGGAGUACAACGCCCAACUCGACGCCACAGAUCUCUACCAGCGCACGCCCUUAAUGUAUGCUGCGGGCGGCGACCACACGGAUGCCAUCGCGACGUUGGUGUCAAGGGGUGCCAGUAUGGACGCCAGGGACCUGAACCGAUCGACGCCCUUGCUGAUCGCGGCGCAGAGCGGGCACGCGGCGGCCGUGCAGGCACUCCUCGACCUGGGUGCCAACGAGAGGGCCAUGGACAAGCUGGACAAGACGGCGCUCUACCUCAGUGCCGAACAUGGCAAGCUAGAGGUUCUGCAGUCCGCGAACUCGUAG